GGCAGAGCGCGGCGAGGUGGGAGCGCGCGCAGCGGCGGGGCUUGGCCGCGCACCGUACCGGCACCGUACCCCACGUUUGUGAGCGCAGGACAGCGGCUGCAGCUGGGAGGAAAAGAUGUUUGGCUUUCACAAACCGAAGAUGUAUCGGAGUAUAGAAGGCUGCUGUAUUUGCAGAGCUAAGUCUUCCAGUUCUCGUUUCACCGACAGCAAACGCUAUGAAAAGGAUUUCCAGAACUGUUUUGGGCUCCAUGAGGCCCGCUCAGGAGAUAUUUGCAAUGCCUGUGUCCUUUUGGUGAAAAGAUGGAAAAAAUUGCCAGCAGGAUCAAAAAAAAACUGGAAUCAUGUGGUAGAUGCCAGGGCUGGACCCAGUCUUAAGACAACAUUGAAACCAAAGAAAAUGAAAACUCUGUCUGGAAGCAGAAUAAAGAGUAACCAAAUCAGCAAACUGCAAAAGGAAUUCAAACGGCACAAUUCUGAUGCCCACAGCACCACUUCAAGUGCCUCCCCAGCUCAGUCUCCCUGUUACAGCAACCAGUCUGAUGAUGGUUCUGACACCGAGCUGAGUGCUGGGUCCAGCAGAACACCAGUUUUCUCCUUUUUAGAUCUCACAUAUUGGAAAAGGCAAAAAGUCUGCUGUGGAAUUAUUUACAAAGGGCGUUUUGGGGAAGUCCUCAUAGACACUCAUCUCUUCAAACCUUGCUGUAGCAAUAAAAAAUCUGCCACUGAAAAGCCAGAACAAGAAGGACCACAGUCCCCAGCAAUCUCCACCCAAGAGGAGUGGUGACUUCCUUGAAUAGCUACAGAAGGUUAUACAGAUCCUCUUAUUCUCUGGAAAAACAAAUACUAGAAAAGGGACUGUUCACUUUGGACACCUGCUAUGCUGCCAAAAGACUUUUCCCUAGAACUGUUUUUGGUUUUACUACUACAAUUUCACAAACUCUGAAGCCAGUUUGUAUCCUUUCAGAAAGACUGUACAUAAUAUUUAAGAUGCUAUGGAACACUUAGUGAAGCAGAAUGCUGCUGCAAGGUUGUCUAAUCUUCCUCCCCCCCUACUCCCCCAAUCCUGUUUCACAAGUGAAUAUGAGGAUGGGGCUUUGUAUAUUAAAGUAUAUGUAGUUUAUGUUUCUGUAUUGAAAGAAGCAGUGGUUCUAAGGCUUUUUUAAAUUUGUUUUCUUAAAGUUGGUAACUUCCUUUAAAUCCCCAAGAAAAUAUUUCAUUCUUAGACGUAUGAGUCAAUAAGAAACUAAUAAAUAGAAAUACUAUAAGCCACCUCUCUAGUUUAUAUAAAUAUAUAUUUUCUAAAGGUGUGGAGAUCUCCCCCUAUACUACUGAUGUAACAAAGACAGAUAUUUCAUCCCUCUUAUGUGACACAGACUGGUAAACUGCAGACAUUUCUACUAAAAGUGGUAAUUACUGAGAAGGCCUCCAAUAUAAAAUGCUCUUCAGAAGGGGUGGGAGAGCUCUCUUCUCCUUAGCUUAGGAGGAAGAUUUACUUAUGACUUGAAGACAGUGAAAUGGGAAGCUACUUUGGUUUAACCCAGUGGCAGACAUCCUGAGUUUCUUUUAGUAACUGACUAGUGAUUAUAGAUAUACUAAACAUCUUGAUGUCCACGUUAUGUUUAAUGAUGGCCAAAACUGAGUAACUGCUAUGUAUAUGUUGGCCCACAGCAGCUGAUAUGUGACCAUAGACCAGACUUCCUGCUGGUUUUGAACCUGGUAUAGAACCAAACCCCUUGCUGAAUAAACAAGAUUCUGGUCCAAAGACAAAAUGUGAUCAUAGCCUGGGGUCUGAAUUUUCAAUUGAUGCUUUGGAACUUUUUUUUGCCCUACAGUGCUUGUCUGUGUUUCAGGUUUUGUUGCAUUUGUUUUUGCUUACUUCUUUGUUUUGAACAACUACCAGAUCAAUGCUUUUGUGAAUACUGAAUAUGAAAAGUUCUCUGAAGAGUGGUGCUGUGUUGAUUUGAGGCAGCUCUGUUUGCAUACGUGAUCAGAAGAUAGUAUCUCUGACAUGGAUUUCCAGACAAACUAGUGUGCAAACCUUUGUGACACUCCUUCAAACUCCACUUCGCCUGUAGGGUGGAAGCAGCUUCCUGGAAGAGUGUGCUGCAAAAUGCUUCAUGUUCCUCUUAGGAAAGUUUAACUUCUUUAAGUUGGGAAUUACACUUUUUUGUUUAGUUCUCUUUUCUUGUUUAUUUCUCUUUUGGGGGAUGGGGUAGGGAGUGGAUUUCUUUCUUACCGUUACUCUUUGGGAUAUUCUACAAUGGAUUGCUACAAGCUUUCCUUUUUGUGAUGAGAGUCUUGGGCAUAAUACUGUGGUGGGUAGGGCUUAGGACUGGACUUCAAUGUAAUCUCACUUUCUGAAUCGGCAGUGUUUAGCAAAUGAACUUAGAGGUUUCAUGCAAGUUUUAAGUGAAUGAAUUUAUGCAGGUUUAAAAUGAAUGAAUUUACACAGAUUUUAAGAGAAGCCUCUACCCUCAGAGCUUUUUCUUUUUAUCUCUCUCCCCUCCCCUUACAUUGGGUAAGCCAACCUCCCGAGAGAAAAAUCAUCAGGGGAAACAGGGCUUUGACUUACCACAGCCUUACAGAUUUCAUGGGUCUUAUUUUGCUUUCCCUAAACUGAGAUUCUGAAGCAAGGACAAAGCUGCCUGCCUUGCUUUUAUCUGCAACCAAACACAAUUCUACGAUUCUGAAUUUUAGGUUGGAAAAGACCUUGAGUUCAACUGCAGAUGUAAUGGAUACUUGCUUGUAUAAUAGCUUAACUAGGUUGGUCAUGUCUAAUAAGGGCUUGAGCAAGAGUCCUAGCUGUUUUUCCAGACACCUGCUUUAAUCUGAAUUUGUGUUUUCAGCAUCAGUAAUUCUGUACACCUAAGGCUGCAGUACUGGUGGUAGGAUGUGCUCUGAUACGGAUCAUCUCUUCUGUAUUUAUUUAUUUAUUGCUAGGUUUCAACUGCCAGCUGCUUCCCCUGCUCCCUCCCACCUCUUCCAUUCCCAGUAGUAAUGCAAAAUGAACUGUAUGUAGUCAUGCACUUUGUAUUAAUGUAUUAGAAAUCUAUGGAACCUGUUUUGUACUUUUAUACUGUUCAGACACUUGUAAUCCAACCUUUUUUUUUUACUAGGGUAAUGAAUAAAUUUAGACUUAUUUAGAAAAUAAACAA